CGCGUUCGCGCAAAGCUGCAUUGAGCACGAGGACCAAAACGGUAAAUAAUCACGCCAGUGAAAAACAACAGUUAUCUUGUUUCUUUCUGAUAGUACGCUGAAUCACCGAUACGUGUAAUAAUCGAUCGAAUGAUAUUACUUAAAAACGUAACGCGUAACAUCAGAUAUUAUUAUAGACUAAAAUGUGCGAUGAAGAACAAACUUUCGCCGAAGAUGAAACCAAUCAAACAGACUCCCAAUUAUCGUUAUUGGAUCUUCCAGUUGAGAUAUUUCUUCAUAUCUGUUCCUUCCUAGAUGCCUCCACACUAGUAAAUACUUUGGGUUUAGUGUGUAAACAAUUUUAUGAAAUAUUAAACGAUAACUCACUAUGGAAAGUGAGGAUAAGUCAAAUUUGGCCAAAUACUGGUUAUCCAGUUUUGCCUCCUGCUGAAGAUGAUGAACUUUUCUGGAAAUUAUCAUGUGUUGCAUUAGAGAAGCAAGUCUCAUUAUGGAGAAAUGAAAAUUCCAUGGAGAAAUUGUCACUUAAUAAUGUGCAAUAUAGUACUAUCGAUGGCCUUCUGUUAAUGCAGAAUGGGAAUAUUUGUAUAUCAGGAGCAAGGGAUCGGUCUUUGGCAUGUUGGAGACUUCCUACUAAAGAAAAUGAAAGAGAAAAUAGUACUUGUAUAGAAUUUGCUCACAAUGGAUGGAUUUGGGACUUAACAGCAAUAGAUAACAUGGUUUACAGUUGCAGUUGGGAUAAAACUAUCAAAGCAUGGACACUUACUGACACGGGUCUUGUCCACUUCAAAACAUAUGAGAUCAUCGUCACAGGUGCUCUGUUGUGCAUCACAUCAUGUCCAGAGAUAGCACUUUUUGCUACGGGUUCAUUUUGCAGAACUGUUCUAGUAUUUGACUCAAGAUUAGGGUACAAACCUAUUGUAAAGUACAGACCACAUAAAAGAGCAGUUAUAAGAUUAGCUAUGAAUUCCGACUUUAUCUUGUCCGCCAGUGAGGAUGGGACAGUGUCUGUUUGGGAUCAAAGAGCAGGGAGAAUUAUGAAACACGUUACUAUUUCACAAGAAUCAUUUCCUAUGAGCAUGUGUAUGCAACGAAAUAUGGUUUACGUAGGAGACGGUGACGCGAAAUUACACGUACUAGAUCCAACAAAAGAUUUUGAACCAGUUAAAUGUUACACCACUGAACAUAAAAAGGGUAUUAACGGUGUUCAUCUGACACCAGGAUGUUUAAUAACUAGUUCAAUGGAUAAAACAGUCAGAAUUAAUAGUCCUACCGACCCUCCGCAACAUCUUACCACUUUGAAGUCUAGUUACGGGGUAAUAGCAAGUACUGAUUAUUUGAACGAGGUUCUUGCUAUUUCUGGUACAGAGGGGAUUGAAAUUUGGAGACCAAGGUCAAGGAUUCAGUGUGCAUAAAAGUAUCGAUAAAUUAAUGAUUUCUACAAGCAUUUUGCUUUUAUAUGCUGUACACUACAUAACUUUUAAUAAAUUAACAAGAAUUACAAAUAAGAAAAAAAUAUAUACUUCAAUAAUUUAAUAAAGGCUUUGCUAAGUACAUUGUUAGU